AUGGCACUGGCCGCACACUUGCUGGCCGCGCCGUCCCCGAGACCGCAGACGCAGACGGUCAAGUCGGCCGAGGAUCAGACGGUCCGGGACACACUACUCGACUCGACUGUCGGGUCCCUGAUGAUCGGUGGUGCCUCGGCGGGCGGCCGGAAAACGGAAGUGCACCACCACAACGACGGCCACAAGCCGCAACACUUCCAAGCUAUUUCCACGCUAAUCCAUCUGCUGCUGACCAUCGGCAGCGCGUUCGCCCCGCUGGUGGGUGCCAUCAUCGGGCCGCUGUUGACCAACGUCGCCAACGGGAUAACGUGGGCCAUAUCGCAUACCAUUGCUUCCGGAUUUUCACCUCCACACGGAUUGUUUUCACCGGAACUCGGCCACGGAACCGAUCACAUCAAAGAACACCUGACGUCUUACGCUGCCGAAGGUCAACCCGAAACGGGGUCCGACGCGAUUCAUCAAGUACAGCAACCCGCGGCCGCCUUGGAACAGUCCGAACCCGCGACGGUCGAUGACACCAGAAACGAAGUGAAGAAAAUAUAG